ACUGCUUGCCUCUGCCCUCCAUGCCAGCUCUCGUGAUAACGACCAACGUUAAGGUUCCCGAUAUCAGGGUCUUUAUUGUGGAGUUUUCGAAGUUUGCCGCAGAGACGUUGAGCAAGCCGGAGCAAUACAUAUCAGUCAGCUAUAACUAUGACGAGAAUCUCUCGUUCCACGGGACAUUCGAUCCCGCGUUUCUCAUGGUGAUCACGAGUCUCAACAACAUCAACCCCGAGGCGAACGAAAAAUACAGUAAAGCGUUCUUUGGGCACUUCAAGGAGAGACUUGGCGUCCCAGGCGAACGGGGCUAUAUUACGUUCUACGACCCAGGACUGGCAUAUUUGGGGCAUAAGGCGACGACUUUCCAGACGCUCUUUGGGUCUUGAAGCAAGGGGUGAAGGUAUCAGCAUUCCUCCCGAAUGUAACAGUAAAGAGUCAACGGGCCUCAAUAAAUUUGUAUUCUUCCAGCGGAGAUGCUGACAUAUACAUAAGCCGCACUGUUCGUUAUUCGUCG